UCUGCUUCAUCUUUUCUAACCUGCCGCUUCGGUCCAACAUAACCUUCGUCGGCGCUGAUAAAUAACAGAAUGUAUUGCUGAGUGUUUUGUCCGAGUCAAGCACGAGUGUACAUAUGUUUGUCGCGACAUGUCUGUCAAGCUCUUACGUUAUCUCGCCAGUGAUCUUCUUAUUCCGCGCGGUCAGCAUGUCCGUCACGGCCACCGGUUGCGGGGGAAACCACCAACGCUCGCCCGUAACUUGCGGCAGCGCCUCGAGGAGCUCAACCGUAAAGACCCGACAUUGCAUUUCAAGGUGAACAUCGGCUUCCCGGUGACCACCGUCUCCAGGCGCUCGCUAACGAGUGUCUGGGCGAACGAGAUCGUGGCACGCAAGAACAACACCGAGCUGGAGAGAUUGUCGCGCAACAAGAAGCUUUUGGUGGAUCUGCAGACGGUGAGAGAAGACUGGUUGCGAAUCGAUGGAAUCUCUCACGUUCACAGACUAGCGCAGCACUAUGGCAUUUAUAACAAUCUGUAUCGAGACGCCUACUUUAUGCCGACAGUCCCGUUGAACGUGAGCUACGAGCUACCUGACGACAAACUGGUAAGGGUGUACACCGGUAACGUGAUCAAGCCGAGUGAAGCUUCCAAGACGCCUGACGUCACGUACGACGCGGAGGAUGGGUCACUGUGGACCUUGAUAAUGAGCACGCCCGACGGUAACUUGACUAGCCGCUACAACGAGUACUGUCACUGGCUCGUCGGCAAUAUUCCUGAAAAUAAUUUGAAGAAGGGAGAGGAACUGAUGGAUUAUCUGCAACCAAUAGCACCGUACGGCAUCGGCUACUGCAGAUACAUCUUCGUUCUUUACAAACAGGAGCAUCGCAUAGAUUUCUCAGAGUACAAAAAAGCCAAACCCUGCUUGAAUCUGGAGGAGCGUAACUGGAGAACGCUGGAAUUUUACAGGAAGUAUCAGGAUCAACUGACACCCGCCGGUUUAGCAUUCUUCCAGUCGGACUGGGAACCAUCGCUCAAGGAAUUUUAUUACAAUACGUUAAAAAUGGAAGUACCAAUAUUCCGAUACAAUUUCCCUGAACCAUACAUAAAGAAACAAACAUGGUUUCCCAAGAAGGAACCCUUCAAUAUUUAUCUAGACAAAUAUCGUGAUCCCAAAGAAAUAAGAAAAGAGUUUUUGUUAAGGAAGUUGAAGAAGGUUCAUCCCUUCAAUGGGCCAGAGCCACCAAGGAAAUUCCCAUUGGCUCAUCCCUACGAUAAGUACAUACCUUCCUGGCUGAAAUUCGAGAUGAUAAAGAAGAGGCUGGGAUACGGUCGCGUUAACGACCUUAAUGAAUACUAGAUUAAAUACUAAUUGAUAAGUGUGCCUCUAGAAUCUGCCUGCUGUGAUAUUUGAUGUCUGCCCGUGUCGGAACAGUGACGUCGAUCAUUUCGUGUUCGACGAAUAACCCUGUAAAAUCAAACGGCUUGUGUAGAGAGAGUCGAUAAAAUUAUUUAUAGACCAAAAAAA